CGCGCACGCAGCCGCGUUUCCGGCGAGACCUGGCUGCUGUGGCCCGCGGCUUGCGCUCACUUGUGGACCCCGCGGACCUUCGGGAGAUCGAUGCAGGCCUGGGGUAGUCUCCCUUCUGGACUGAGAAGAGAAGAAUGGAGAAGGGCUCCUUCCCAUUAGUGCCUUUGCAUUGGUUUGGCUUUGGCUACACAGCACUGGUUGUUUCUGGUGGGAUCGUUGGCUAUGUAAAAACAGGCAGGGCGCCGUCCCUGGCUGCAGGGCUGCUCUUCGGCAGUCUAGCCGGCGUGGGUGCUUACCAGCUGUAUCAGGAUCCAAGGAAUGUUUGGGUUUUCCUAGCCGCUACAUCUGUUACUUUUGUUGGUGUUAUGGGAAUGAGAUCCUACUACUAUGGAAAAUUCAUGCCUGUAGGUUUAAUUGCAGGUGCCAGUUUGCUGAUGGCCGCCAAAGUUGGAGUUCAUAUGUUAAUGACAUCUGAUUAGCAGAACUCAUGUUCCAGCUUGGACUCAUGAAGGAUUAAAAAUCUGCAUCUUCCACUAUUUUCAAUGUAUUAAGAGAAAUAAGUGCAGCAUUUUUGCAUCUGACAUUUUACCUAAAAAAAAAAAAGACACCAAACUAACUUGGCGGAGGGGUGGAAAAUCAGUUGUUAACAUUAUAACCCUACAGAGGUGGCGAGCAUGUAACAUGAGCUUAUUGAGACCCUCAUAGAGAUUGAUUCUUGUAUAUUGAUCUUCUUUCUGUAUCUAUAGGUAAAUCUCAAGGGUAAAAUGUUAGGUGUUGACAUUGAGAACCCUGAAACCCCAUUCCCUGCUCAGAGGAACAGUGUGAAAAAAAUCUCUUAAGAGAUUUAGAAUAUCUGUUCUUUUGCUCAUCUUAGACCACAGACUGACUUUGAAAUUAUGUUAAGUGAAAUAUCAAUGAAAAUAAAGUUUACUAUAAAUAAUA